AUGUCCUCUUGUGAAUAUCUCUCAGUGAAUAAUCAUCAUCAUGAUCAUCAUCAUCAUCAUGAUCAUCAUCAUGAUCAUGACUAUCCCCAUCAUAAUGAACUGUGUACAUCAGAGAUACAAUCCAUUGAAAUCAUUGAUAAACAUAAAAAUCAUAUAAUAGAAGAAAAAUUCAUGAAACGAGAUUAUUGGAAAGGAAAAAUUGAUUUUUUAAUAGCAUGUUUAGGAUUUUCAAUAGGACUUGGUAAUGUAUGGAGAUUUCCAUAUUUAUGUUAUAAAAAUGGUGGAGGUGCUUUCCUUAUCCCAUAUUUCAUCAGUGUAUUCUUAGCUGGUAUACCAUUAUUUCUAUUAGAAGUAACGAUUGGACAAGUAACACGUCGUGGAGUUAUUGCUGCUUGGAAUAUUUGUCCAUUGUUUCAAGGAAUUGGUUAUGCAUGUACAUUGAUUAACUUCUUCCUCAAUUGUUACUAUACAGUAAUAUUGGCAUGGGCAUUUCAUUUUAUUUUCUCAUCAUUUACAAGUCAAUUACCAUGGACAAGAUGUGAUCAAUCAUGGAAUACACCAGCAUGUCGAGUAUUCAGUAAUCAACCAAUCAAUUCAACUACCAUUGAAAAUACUACUUAUAUAAGUAAUAUAAGCUUAAUAACAGUUGAUGCAACUACAGAAUAUUGGGAAUAUCGUGUACUGCAAAUAUCAGAUGGUAUACAUAAUAUUGGAACAGUUAAAUGGGAUUUAGCUUUAUGUCUUCUUUUCACUUGGAUUAUUAUUUAUUUAUGCAUUUGGAAUGGAAUUAAAGCAUCGGCAAAAAUUAUGUAUGUAACUGCAUUAUUACCAUAUGGAUUUAUGAUUAUUCUAUUAAUACGAACUGCAUUACUUGAUGGAGCUUCAAAUGGAUUAAUUCAAUAUUUAAAACCAGAUUGGUCAAAAUUAACUGAUAUGACAGUUUGGUCGGAUGCAGGAACUCAAAUAUUUUUUAGUUAUAGUCUUGGUUUAGGUGUAUUAACUGCUUUUGGUAGUUAUAAUAAAUUUCAUCAUAAUUCUUUAAGAGAUUGUUGCCUAUUUGCAUUGAUUAAUACAUUUACAAGUUUACUGUCUGGAUGUGUUAUAUUUUGUACACUUGGUUAUAUGUCAUAUAUAUCAAAGAUACCAUUGAAUCAAAUUGCUGAAUCAGGUCCUGGACUUGGUUUUAUUGUAUAUCCAAAAGCCAUUGGCACUAUGCCAGGUAGUCCAUUCUGGUCAAUAUGUUUCUUUAUUAUGAUUAUCCUAUUGGGUAUUGAUAGUAUGUUUGCUGGAGUUGAAGGUUUUAUUUCAGCUGCCGGAGAUUAUUUUCCUCAUGCUUUGGAGAAUAAAUGGAUACGUUGUAUAUUUGUUGGUUGUGUAUGUAUUGCAUCAUAUUUAAUUGGUCUAUCCAUGGUUACUAAUGGUGGAAUGUAUGUAUUUCAAUUACUGGACUAUUAUAGUGGAAGUCGUAUCAUAUUGAUUGUGGGAUUGUUAGAAUCCUUAGUGAUUGGAUACAUUUAUGGUUACAAACGUAUUUCAAAUGAUAUGAAAAUGAUGUAUGGUUUCUCAUUAAAAUGGAUUGUAUGCUUAUUCUGGUGUAUAGUAACACCAAUAUUUACUUUUACACUUUUCAUUAUCAGUGUUAUUGUUUAUGAAGAAUUAACAUAUAAACGAGCAUCUAUUCAUGAACUAUAUCGAUUUCCAGGAUGGGCUGUAAAACUUGGUUGGUUUAUAGCUAGUUCUAGUGUAUUAUUAAUACCAAUUAUAAUGAUGAUUAAAAUCUUUCAAACAUCAGGAACAUUUCUACAGAGAAUAAAAACUUUAUGUAUUCCAAUUAUUGAUAAUCAUAAUAAUCAUAAUAAUGAUACAGAGAUUCCAAAAUUCAAUAUAAUCAUUUCAACUGAAACUUUAUACAAUUCAAAUGAAAAGACAAUGUAA